CAAUGGCGAUGCCGCUCUGCCCCAGCUGCCCGGCCGCUUUGAUUGGCUGUGGGCCGGCAGGCCGAGGUGAUUGAGAGCGCGUGGAGUGCUGCAGCGGUUGGGAAAGAGAAUGUGAACGGACUUGGGGGACAAUGGCGACUUCGUCUGUAUCCACGGGUUGUUUUGUUUUCAAGCCAAAAGACUCCAAAAAGAGAAGGAAAUCUGUCACAGCUGACUUCUUCAAUAAAGACAAUGCUAUUUCAGAGAGUGAUAGGUUGCGGUUUAGUACUUAUGAGUCACUAUGGCAACAGAUGAAAGAGGAAACCGAGAGUUGGCAAGACAAUUUAAAUGAGAAGAUAUUUGACAGUUUAUUAACAUUUAUUAAAAAUUCCCACAUUCAACUUGAUUUGAAAGAAAAUGAUUGGAGCUAUCGGAUGCGGUGCAGUGAGAUUCCCACAGCAGCAGUUGUUCUUGGUGUGAAUGUUCCAGACCAUGAAAUGACAUUUCAAAGACUAUCAGACCUCCUGAAACAGUCACUUACCCCACAUGUAGUUUGUCUGCAUGGAAAGGAGUGUACAACUGUGAAGCAUGUUUUACAAAAAGUUUUGAUGCACCUCCUGGGUGGCACUGCUAGUGAUGAAGAGGCAGAAGAGGAGGACGUGCACCAUUCUACUCAGCUCUCCCAGAGGAAAAUACACUGCUCUAUGGCAUCCCUCUCUGGAUGGUACAAAGCUAUCACACAGACAUCUGUCUCAGGCAGCCCAUCUAAAAAGAGGAAAUCAUGUGUUGUCAGGCAGGAGCAGGCUCCUCCUAUUGUCAUCAUCUUCAAAGACCUCGAGAGCUUCCUACCUGAAGUUCUGCAGAAUUUCAUUAUCAUCUGCAGUAACUACAUCCAGCAGCUGCCCCUGGUACUGGUUUUUGGAAUUGCCACUUCUCCGAUCACUAUACAUCGAAUGCUGCCUCGUGCAGUUUGCUCAUUGCUCUGCAUUGAACUAUUUCAGUCUGUUUCCUGCAGCGAUCACUUGACUACAGUUAUUGAUAAGAUGCUGCCAGACCUGCUGAGUUUCUCCAGUAUUCUCUGUGUUUGAAAGAAGUAAAGAGGUCUUGCUAUAAUCAUUCAGUGUUUUGGUG